CGGAUAGCGUCAUCAUCCGGCAGCAUGGCGACGGUCGCGGCAACGAGGGGCAGCGAUGGCCGGCUCCGCAUCGCCAUGUGCUGCGACUUCUUCUACCCGCGGCUCGGCGGCGUCGAGAUGCACAUCUGGAGCCUCUCGCAGUGUCUGCUUCGGCAAGGCCACAAGGUCAUCGUCAUCACGCACAUGACCGAAGGCUCGGAGAAGCGCCAGGGCAUUCGGUACAUGACCAACAACCUCAAGGUCUACUACCUCCCGCUCGUGACCAUGGUCGACAACGUGACGCUGCCGACGUUCACGGCCGGCUUUGCGCUCUUCCGCACGGUCCUCAUCCGCGAGCGCAUCCAGAUUGUGCAUGGCCACCAAGCCACGUCGGCGUUCAUGCACGAGUGCAUCGUGCAGGCCAAGACGAUGGGCUACAAGGCCAUCUACACGGACCACUCGCUCUUUGGCUUUGCCGACGCCGCGUCCGUGCACCUCAACAAGGUCAUGAAGUUUACACUCUCGGACAUUGACCAUGCGAUCUGCGUCUCGCACACGUGCCGCGAGAACCUCGUGCUCCGCGCGUCCUUGGACCCGACGAUCGUCUCGACGAUCCCCAACGCGGUCGACGCGACCAAGUUUACGCCCAAGGAGAACAGCGAGGCCAAGCCGCCGACCGACCCGCUCCACGACCCGAUCACGGUCGUCAUCAUCUCGCGCCUCGUGUACCGCAAAGGCAUCGACUUGGUCGGCAAGACGAUCGAGCUGGUCUGUGCACGGUGCCCGAACGUCAAGUUCCUCAUUGGCGGCGACGGCAACAAGCGGCUCCUCCUCGAGGAAAUGCGCGAAAAGUGCCAGCUCCACGACCGCGUCACGCUCUGGGGCGCCGUGCCGCACGCAGAAGUGCGCAACGUGCUGAGCCAAGGCCACAUCUUCCUCAACUCGAGCUUGACCGAGUCGUUUUGCAUUGCCAUCCUCGAAGCAGCGGCCUGUGGCCUCUACGUCGUGAGUACACGGGUUGGCGGGGUCCCGGAAGUGCUACCGCCCGAUAUGAUUCGCUUCUCGAAAGACAUCACACCCGAAGACUUGGCCGACGCGGUCGUCGAGUCGCUGCCGCUGCUCGCCAAGGUCAACAAACAAGAGUUUCACGAUCGCGUCCAGCAAAUGUACAACUGGGACGCGGUCGCUGCGCGCACCGAGCGUGUCUACCGCAACGUGAUUGAGCUCCCGACACCGUCGCUCAUCCAUCGGUUUCGCAAGAUUUACGGCAUGGGCCCCGUGGCCGGUAUCAUUGGCUGCAUCAUUGCGUCCUGUCUCUUUAUGUACCUCCAGUUCCUCGAGUACCGCAAGCCGUACGACGACAUUGAAGUGGCGCUUGAAUUCCCACCGCCGGCGACGGCAACGACCGACGAACCGCCAGUGCAAGCGACCGCGUAGACACCAUCGCGGUCGAGGCUAGACAUGUGAAUAGACAAAAGCUACUAGUACAUCAGACUGUGUUCCAGGCAG